UAAGCGAAAGUCAACAACCCAGCCCGGUCUGGUGAUCUUUGCACUUGGUCAAAGGGUUUCUAAACAGAUGGAAACAUGCUGAGAUGUUCUGUACUUUUUCCUAAUUUAUUGGGAAAGGCAUUCAAUACCUCUAGUAGAGUCAUAUUACCUGCCGUUUGUACAGCUUCGUCACCACCAAGUGUCAGGAAGAUGGCUGUCUCCCGUCCGUACAAAACCAAGGCGGUUAUAUUUGACCUUGGGGGAGUUAUUGUUCCUCCCCCAUUUACGAUGUUUGAAGAUUAUGAGAAGUCAAAAAAUCUACCACCAAAGUCCAUAUCAAAAGUGAUAGUGGAUGGCGGCAAUAAAGGAUCGUGGUAUAAACUGGAAACUGGCGAACUCUCCGUCACUCAGUUCUUUGACGCUUUCCAAAAAGAGUACUUUGACUUGACAGGGAAACACAUUGAUGUGGCUGAGUUGUUUAAGGGGUUCAGCAUUUAUCUCGGUACACCCUACCCCCAGAUGAUUGAUGCUAUUCGAUGUGUUAAGGCGGAAGGAUUGAAGACUGCCCUUCUCACCAACAAUUGGCACUGGCCUGGGAAGGACUCUUCCAACAGCCUUCCUCUGGCUCGCUCAUUGUUUGAUGUAAUCAUCGAGUCCUGCGUCGUGGGGAUGAGGAAGCCAGACCCUCGGAUCUAUGAGCUAUGUCUGAACAAACUAGAUGUGGCUCCACAGGAGUCCGUUUUCCUUGAUGACCUUGGUGGCAAUCUGAAAUCAGCAAAAGCUGUAGGAAUCAACACAAUCAAGGUAUCAGAUCCUGAUGUAGCAAUCAGAGAGUUGGAAGAAUUCUUGGGUAUGCCUCUUCAUGGUUAUGUGGAGGGUACCAUAGCUGUAGCAGAACACCUCAGAAUUCCUAUGGACAGACUGGAAAACUACCUGAAAAAUGUUCUCCAUAUUCAAUCUACAGAUCCUCCUCACAUACGCUGUUUUGAGCAUGGCCAAUCAAAUCCAACAUAUUAUGUAAAUUACGGAGGCAAGCAGCUUGUUCUCCGUAAAAAGCCUCCAGGAAAGCUGUUACCAUCAGCCCAUGCUGUAGAAAGAGAAUUUAAAGUGAUGCAGGCUUUGGGACAACAUGGUGUUCCCAUGCCGAAAAUGUAUGGACUGUGUGAAGAUUCCAGUGUUAUUGGUACUCCCUUUUAUAUAAUGGAGUAUCUGAAAGGCCGGGUCUUUAUAGACCGGUCACUACCUGGUAUGACCAAACCCCAGCGUAGAGAGCUGUACUCGUGUAUGGUUGACACACUUUGUCAGAUCCAUCGUGUGAACAUCAGUGCUGCCGGUCUCGAUAACUAUGGAAAAAAAGGUGGUUUCUUAAAGAGGAACUUCGCAAGAUGGGCAAAGCAGUAUGAGGCAAGUAAGACACGUGAGAUUGAGUCUAUGAACAAACUCAUGCAGUGGAUAUCUGAACGUAUACCAACAAACGAGCGAGUCACAGUGGUGCACGGAGACUUCAGACUCGACAACCUCAUCUUCCACCCUGAUAGACCUGAAGUGAUUGGCGUUCUAGACUGGGAACUCUCUACAAUAGGAGAUCCAAUAACAGACCUUUUCUCUGCACUUGUUAAUUAUUACCUGCCUGUUGACUUCUUCAUGUUCUCAGACUCGGGUUCAGUAAAUAUGGAGGAGAUAGGAUGUCAUACAGUGGAGGAAUUUAUUGCUGAGUACUGUCAGAAAAUGGGCAUCCCUCCCAUAGACAACUGGGAUUUCUAUGUGGCUUUUGGACUCUUCCGAUUUAUUGCCAUUAUCCAAGGAGUCUACAAGAGGGCCAUUUCUGGCCAGAAAAGUCAUCCGAAAUCUGAACUUGCCGGAAUGUUUGCCGUGAAGAUUGCUGAUGAUGCCUGGAACCUUAUCUCUAAAAGCAACCUUAAACCCACUCUAUCACCAACAGCAGGCACCAACUCUGGCAACCAAGGGGACAAGAGACACUACUCAACCUCAACUGGCAAUGAGACACUGGGUUUAAUGACAGUGACACCUGACGCCCUGCCAGAAAGGCCAAAGGACAUUUACUACCGCGUGAAAAAGUUCAUCAAUGAGGAAAUCCUCCCCAAUGAGGCAGAGCUGCAUAAGUUUUCCAAAUCCGACAAGAAGUGGGAGGUCAACCCUAUGAUGGAGGAGUUCAAGGCGAAAGCUAAGGCCCAAGGUUUGUGGAACCUGUUUAUGCCAUUAGAAUCUGACCCUGGUAUUAAGUAUGGGGCCGGACUGACCAACCUUCAGUAUGCUUUUAUGGCAGAGGAGAUGGGCAAGUGUGCGUGGGCAUCUGAGGCAUUCAACUGUUCUGCACCGGACACUGGUAAUAUGGAGACACUGGUAAAGUAUGGUACUGAGCAACAGAAACAACAGUGGCUGGUUCCACUCCUCAAUGGUGAAAUCAGGUCCUGCUUCGGCAUGACAGAACCACAGGUGGCUUCUUCUGAUGCGACAAACAUAGAGGCGUCCAUAGAGAGAAAGUCUGACCACUACCUCAUUAACGGUCACAAAUGGUGGACAUCUGGUGCUCUCCACCCUAAAUGUAAGUUGUGUGUCUUCAUGGGUAAGACUGACAAGGGAGCCAGCAAACAUAAACAGCAGAGUAUGAUCCUCGUACCAAUGGAUGCACCUGGGGUUAAAAUUAUUCGACCACUGACUGUCUUUGGAUUUAUGGAUGAACCAGCGGGGCACGCAGAGGUGAUCUUUGAGAAUGUGAAAGUACCCUUGACCAAUAUCCUGCUGGGAGAGGGCAGAGGGUUUGAGAUUGCUCAGGGUCGUUUGGGUCCAGGCAGAAUUCAUCACUGUAUGCGACUUAUAGGCAAUGCAGAGAGGGCUCUGGAUCUCAUGGUCAAACGUACUAUGGACCGUGUGGCCUUUGGUAAGCCACUGGCAGCCCAGGGUACCAUUCAAGCUGAUGUGGCCCAGUCCAGGAUUGAGAUUGAACAAGCUAGACUGCUCACACUCAGAGCUGCUUAUAUCAUGGACAAUUUUGGCAACAAAGUUGCAGCUCCAGAUAUAGCAAUGAUUAAGGUUGCAGCACCAAAUAUGGCAGUGAAAGUGAUAGACAGAGCCAUACAGGUACAUGGUGGUGCUGGACUAAGCAAUGACUUCCCCUUAGCUUCUAUGUACGCACAUGCACGUACAUUACGUUUGGCUGACGGACCCGAUGAAGUUCACAGGCGUGCAGUGGCAGGAUUAGAAUACAGACGAGCCAGCAAGGCCAACAAGCUGUAAAUGCACAGCAGAAAACCAGAUGACAAUAGCUGGAGUCUCUUAAAAAAAAAUAGAUUUGUAAAUGUGUCUUUUAUCAAUAACAGAAAUACACAGGAGUUAUCAUGUACGUGUUUCGAUCAUAAACAGUAAUGUUGUAGAGAAAAGAUUCUGUAUUCAUGCAAGUAAAGCUGUGAUUGUGGUGGUGAUAUUUCAUAUUGAUUUGAUUUGAUUAUUUCGCUGUGAAAAAAAUUGACGAUUCAAUUAGUUUCAGAUCCUGUCAAUGAAGACACAUUCGUUCAGGAUUUUUUGCCUUCAUAUAUAGUAUUGAAUAUUCAUUUCUGGCAAAUUUGUCCUUAAAUACAUAAAGAUACAUUUUAUAUUUCACAUUGUUAAGUAGACAUCCAUUUUGAUUUAACCUAUUGACAGAAGUGCGAAAGUUAAACUACUGUGAAAGUUUCCCUGGCAUAUGUAAGCAGUGAUUUUUUUUUCUAAUCCACUGUGAUAUAUAUUGUUCAUUCUUUUUCUGAUAAUUUACUGACAUUUGCUCAUGGCAACAUGAUGAUUGUAUAUUGUACUAGAAAUUAAUGUGGAAUUGAAGUGAUUUGAAAUGUUGUGUAUUGACUACACAGUGUAGUAUAUACAGAAUAUAAGGGAGCAUUUGAUUCUGAAGUUAAUGGUAAGUGCCUGUUAGGGGAGGAAAGGGGUGAAGUACAGACUAACUCGGUAGGUCAGAAUCAAGUAUAAAAUCUUCUCAAUGUCCUUUAAAUGAUUAUGGUUUCUAUUGCUAUAGUAACUGUGGAACUUGCCAGUUGCUGUGCCAUUCUUACUUAUGAAUGAAUACUAUGGCUAAUUUAAGUUACUUAAUGAAUAAAUCUUGUUUGAAAUAUUAUUUAGUAAAUUUCUUGAAAAUAUGUUUUUUUUAUACUUAAAAAAUUAUGCUAGAAAGUCAUUUACAAUAUUAUGCUACAGUAAGCAGAUAUAUUUUUUAUAUGAAACAGAA